UCUAUUAUGCAUUUUAGAAGGUAAUUAAGCAACAAGUGAAGAUGGAGACGCGGCGGCGGCGGCGGCCAGGGCUGCAAGUUGAUGAUCAAGCCUCAAUCACUGUGAAGAGGAGCUCGAGAUUUAGAGGUGUCAGCAGGCAUAGAUCGACGGGAAGAUUUGAGGCUCAUUUGUGGGAUAAGCUUUCUUGGAAUGUCAACCAGAGGAAGAAAGGAAAGCAAGUUACUAUGAAAAUUCUAGAAUUUGGCAUUUUUAAUUCUUCUUCCUUUGUUUUCUUUCUUUUUUGUUGUUGUACAUGAGAUGCUUAUGAAUAACAUACUACUAUGUAUCUUUUUCACCUUCCCUGCGGAGCUGCGCUUUGGAAUGGAAAUCUGGGAUUCCACAGUUUACCUUGGAGCUUACAAUGAUGAAGAAUGUGCAGCAAUAGCUUUUGAUUUGGCUGCGCUCAAGUAUUGGGGGACAUCAACUUUCACUAAUUUCCCUCUCUCUGAUUAUGCAACGGAGAUUGAAAUGAUGCAAACUGUAACAAAAGAGGAAUAUCUAGCCUCUUUAAGAAGGAAGAGCAGUGGAUUUUCAAGAGGGGUAUCAAAAUACAGGGGGGUUGCAAGGCACCAUCGCAAUGGGAGAUGGGAAGCAAGAAUAGGAAGAGCCUUUGGCAAUAAGUACCUUUACCUUGGCACUUACAGCACCCAAGAAGAGGCUGCUCGAGCUUACAACAUUGCAGCGAUUAAGUACAGAGGCAUCAAUGCUGUGACCAAUUUCGACUUGAGUUCUUACAUGAGAUGGUUAAUGCCGGGAGCAAACACUCCGGUUGCUGAUGCUGCUCCGGAACAGCAGCCGGUGAACAUAGGGUCUCAGGUGGUGCAGCCUUCCAACUUUGGCCCGGGAGAGGAACCCUGUUCCUUGUCCUUGCAGCAUGCGAGUACUUUUCUCAUGGAAGAUCUGGAUUUAGUUCCUCAUCAAAAGCAAGAAACACUAGCAGAGUUAUCUGUUAGUUCAUGCAAAAGAUCUUCUGCCACUGCACUCGGCCUCCUCCUCCGUUCUUCAAUGUUUAGAGAACUGGUGGAGAAGAAUCAUAAUGUCUCUGAGGAUGAGAAUGUCGGGAGAGAUGCACAGACCCAAGCGGAGGUAGGUAAAAAUGGUGAGAUUUCAGGGUUUUGUACUGGACCUGAUGAUAUCCCAUCUGAACUGCCUUCAAAGGGUUUCCAAUUAGGAGACUUUCACUUCUAUUACAAUUGUCAAGAGAAUCCGCUUGGAAUGGCAUUGCCUAUAACAUCUAAUCAAUGAUACAAGAUAAAUGCUCAAUUGCUCUGUAGGAAAUUUGUAGAAAUGAGCUUUUGUUGCUUCAAUGUCAUACAUUCAAUAGAGACCAAAAGCCAAGAUGAUAUCGUCAUGGAAACCAGGGGAGAAAACACCAAGAAGAAAUAGAGUUGAGAUAUUAAUACCCAAAACUCAC